CACAGGCGUUUCCUUCACCUCUUCCUAACAGCCUCAUUAACCUCUAAAUACCAGUUUAACAUCAAAAGCCGUGUCGGCGCUCACGCCUCCGUCUCCUCUCUCACUUCCACUCUCAUGUUGACACACUUCAUAUAACAUGUUCACAUUUUCUGCUGAAGAAGAUAUUUAUUUUUCAAGUUAAAGACAGGUUGAACUUUAUGAAUCCGCAGUCCUACAUGUGUGUGUCGUUUCUAUAAAUGUAGUGAGAGGUAAAAAGACUCAUUUCAUGUUUCUGCAUCACCAUUGACACGUCUCUGUUUUUGACACCGUAUGUGUGAAGCAAAAGUUUGUUGUGAGGGAGCAGGAGACACGAGAGCAGCGACGUCCUGCUCCGAGGAGACCGAGAGUCUGUGAGAACACGGAGGACGUCGUCUGUCUCCAUGUGAAUUCAUUUCACUGUGGACGGAGGAAUUACAGCUUCUGUUUCCCCCGAGGAAACGUCCUCGGUAUAAAAAUGUGGCCCUUCUUUUCUUUAUUUAACAUUCUGCACAGCUGCUCUUCUUCUUCUUCUUCUUCUUCUUCGUCUUCUUUUCCCUCUGAAAUGUGUUUGUUGUUACAGGUUCACGGUGUAGAAACAUCAUUUCCAGGAGACACGGUUGCAUAAACUAAAACUAAUAUAAAAAAAUCAAAUGACUCAAAUUGAUUUUUGAGCUGAAUCAAAAUUAACAUGGAAAUAAUUAAAAAUACAAAAGAAUAUGAAAUCUGUUGCAGUCAGUCACAUCACGUCUCUUUGUUCCUGUCCCGCACUGACUGAGGACGUCCCCGUCAUAGAGUGACGCCUCACACUGACAGUAAAGGUCCUGGAUGUUCUCCGGUAUAAAACCCUCAGGUGUGUUUCAGCCUCACAGAUUUUUUUUUUGGGGGAGAAAUUUAAAUUUCACAGUCUUAAAAACAUCCCUCCGUCCCUCUCGUCUCGUCUCCCCCCAGCUUGAUGAGGGGGGAGUCGCAGCGCCUGCUCGUCCACCAGGACCAGUCCCGCUGGCCCCCAUCAAAGCCCCGGGAGCCUUUGAUGAGGUUGAUAGGGAUCAAUGGGACAGGGGAAGAGGCCUUAACUGACUGUGUUACAGACGGGGCGGGCAACUGCUGGAGACUGCCGGCAAUGGAUCAAUGAUUAUUGGGCGUCAUCAGCGCCUUGAUCUGCAUAGAGGAAUCCAUUUUAUUUUAAAGAAGUGUGUCGACCCGCUCCACCUCGUCUUCUCCCUCCUGAUCUGUGUGGUGCGGGACGACGAGGACUCUUUGAAGUGAGGACACGGGGGCAGACGAGAGGAGACAGGACGAAGACUCGGAGACAGUCUGAUACCACAGUAACUGUCAGGAAAUGGUGAAAAAUGUUUCCUAAAGUCAGAGGAGAUGUCUUCAGGUAACAGGAGAGAGCUCCAGCACUUUGCCGCCAUGAGAGGACACUUCUCCAUCGAGUGGAUGGCCCAGAGCAGCCAGGUCCAGCCCGCAGGACCUCAGGCCGGACCGGCCUCAGCCGGACCCGCAGCCUGCGGGACGCAUGCGGAGAGUCUGCCCGGGUUUUACUGCAGGCAGAGAUCAGAGAAUUUACCUGAGCAGCAGGAAGAGAGCCGGAGUCAGAGUCUGGAUUCAUACAGCCCGAGCUCUCUGCAGCACCAGACGUCUCACAACCAUCCAGUGUCAGAGGCCGGUUUCAGCAGCGGGACAGAGGAGGAGACGUCCGGCUACGAGAGCGAAGGGGGUCGUUCCCUCUCCCCCGCCGCCUCCCCUGACUGCGCCCCCGCCUCACCGCCGUCCCCUCCCUCGGGCAGGAGACCCCGUACGGCCUUCACGGCGGAGCAGAUCAGCAGCCUGGAGCGGGUGUUCAAGAGGAACGCUUACCUGGGAACACAGGACAAGGCGGAGCUCUGCAAGAAGCUCAACCUGUCUGAUAAACAGAUCAGGAACUGGUUUCAGAACCGGCGGAUGAAGCUGAAGCGGACCGUGCAGGACGCCCUGGCUCACGCCUGCCAGGCAAACGUCGCCUCUCAGUUCAUGCAUUAUCCCGAGCUGCAGGCCUACAGGCCGGGACCCUACCCCAGAUACCACUCAGCGGGGGCAUCGGGGGCGGCGGCGGUGGCACAGGAGUCCCCGGCUGCCGCCUCCUACGUCCACCCGCACAGUCUCCAGUACAGCUCCCCUCUGCCCAGCGUCUCCACUCUGGACCCCUUCUACCAGUACAGCGGCCUCCCGGGCGUCAUGCUGCCCUCGGCCACAACUCAGCUCAUGGGCUCCUACCCGACUUACCCUCAGUAUUACUAACGAAGAAGAAGCCGCUGUAAAAUCUUCACUGUGAUAUUUUGUCAAACAAAAUAAGAUUGUUCUGGUUUUAUUGUUUGAACAGAAGACGUUCUCAUCUUAUCCUAAUAGGAUCAACAUGUUUAGAAGAAACAUGCUGCGAAGGUUAAAUCUGAAUCCCGAGUCAAACAGGGGGCUGUGCAAUAUUGUGGUUUGUGUGUGUAUCUCUGCUUGUGACUGAUGUACAGUUUGGAUUUAUUUAAAUUUGAAUCUAUGAAGUGUUUUAUUAGAUUUUUGUUCUUAUGUCACUGUGAAACCAGAUUGUUAAAAUAAAAC